CCACAUCCGACAUGUGCUUCCAGAAGCCAACCCGCGCUCUAGGCGUGCGGCGGCUGGUAACAGUCCGGCUCGAGUGAGCCGCCUCGGACUCAAACUGUGUUUACCUAUAUAAUUCCCUCCCCCGUCCUGCUCUCUCGUCUCGGAACUUUUUUUCCCACCAUUACAUUCUCGCCGACCUCCCACCAUCACUCCAUCGUUGUUUCUCCGCUGUCCAAGCAGACCGGCCCACGCAACCUCCUUCAAGAUGCCUACUUCCCACCACGAGGUGCUCAAGAGCACCAUCGAGAACAAGGGCCUCAAGUUCCACAUCAAGACCGGCAACGCCAAGUGGGAAUGCACCGUGCUUGACCGCGCGACGCACGAGAAGCGCAAGGCCGAGCGGGCCGAAAAGUCCACGUCGACCUCGUCGACUGAGAACGCUUCGUCCACCGCGUCGUCCUCAUCCAACUCGAGCACCAAGUCCCAUUGAACGUAGCUCACAUGACG